AUGCCCAAGUCCCAUCUCCUCCCUCCCAUUCCCUCCGACUUCCCUGACAUCACCACUCGGCAAAUGCUGGCCAGCUUCGUCCCCGAGGAUAUGGACUACGGUUCCAUCUCGACGGCUGCAACCCGCGCCCCUACCGAUCACACAAAGGAUAUCUUUAAGAGGACGGUGGGCAAUGGUGUGCGGUUUGUUUUGGACCCGAGUCUGAACAGUGGGCUAGAGGAGGCCCUUGACGAUGCUGUGCCUCUCCACAAACUUGCUCCAAGGGGUCUCGCAUACAAGUUUUCUCUGAAACAGGCCUUCCUGGCCGAUGAGGAAAACGAAGAGGAUGAAGAGGACGAAGAGGAUGAGGAUGAGGAUGAGGAUGAGGAUGAGGAUGAGGAUGAGGAAACGGGUGACGAUUAUGAAGGGUGUGAGGAAGGCAACCACGAAGAGGGGGGUGAAUACACCAUCUUCAAUGAGCCUCAGCUCUCAUCCAGGAUGGGGACCGUCUUUUGGGAGUUCAUCAACAUGGUCACCCAAAGCGAUGCCUUAUCGAAGAGAUUUCGCGGCUUUUGGCGAACUUCUAGUAUGCCGAAGAGCGGGAACCCCGAUUGGGUGCAUAUGGUGUAUUCACUCACCCCUUCGUGUUCGCCUUCCUCACACCCACCGCUCCCCAAGAUCAAGCUCGAAACAGGCAACACCGGCGCAUCUAUUGCUCGCGCCUCCGGCAAGAAGUCUUUGGCUAGCAAGAAGACUGCCAAGCCGGAGAUUGGCACCAAGAAGGCUUUCCGUGCAGGAUAA